AUGCUAGUCCAGCCUCAAUCAAUGGAAAAAGUCAGAAGAUCCACAAAUGACUUGUACUUUGUUGCUCAAGGCGGAGACAUGGUGAGAGUGGAGACCAAUGACCAAAAUGGUGCAUUUCAGACCGAUGAAGUUCCUUUCUGCACACACUGCCCUCAAGCGUAUCGGCGGCCGCCUGAUUCAGAACUAGAGCCAGACCUCACGGGGUACCUUCAGCCGUACCGAGAGGAAAUUCAAGCGUUUCUUCAGGAGCCACUGGUCAACAACCCGGAGAGAGCGGUAUUUUUAUCCCAAUUGUUAAAGACUCCUGGGGAGAUAAUCCGGGAAUCCCAACGACUUCAUUUCAACAUCAUCGGGGAUGUUCUGAAAAAGUACAAAGCUGCAAUGCUCUUUGAUAUCGCCGAUUUUGAAAACAAAGGCGACCCCUGUAUCACCGUGGGCGAGAUUCUGUUCCUAGCUCGCAUUAACUUGCCGGUAGUAUAUUAUUGUAGUUCCCUGUCUUGCACAGACGAAAACAUGAGAAAAGCCCGCAAGUUGGCUGCCAACUAUUCCCCUGAUGAACUCGUCGUUCUCUUUCACGGAGGAGGGAAUUUGGUUGGCUACAGGUUUAAUGAUUUCUUUCGUUUCAAGACGAUGGAUCUUUUCGCUGGCUACCACUUCUUGUUGUUUCCUCAGAGCAUAUUUUACAAUAACGCUCAGGAUGAACACGUAAAACUGUGCGAAAGAGAAUACUGCUGCAACGAAAAUUUGACCCUUGUUCUUCGUGAUUUACAGACGUACAGCUUCGCCAAGGAACACUUCAAGGGCAAAACGAAACUUCUCUUGGCACCUGAUAUUGCCUUUCAGAUUGGCAACGUUAACCGAUUCCAGUCCCCUGUGUUUGAUGUCAUGUGGAUCAAGCGAAUUGAUUAUGAAGCACCGAAUUAUGGUUCUAUUCCAGAACAUCCUUCAGACGUCCGCUUCCACGUCUCUGAUUGGUGGAGCUGGAAAACUAACGACGCCCCUACCAGUUUAGAAAAAGCUUUUUAUGUGUCAGUUGAGGGGUUCAACUUCUUGUCUCGUGGCCGUGUGCUUGUGACAGACAGACUGCAUGGACAUAUCCUCUCCACGCUUAUGAAUAUGCCGCACGUACUUGUUGACAAUAGGUACAAGAAACUAUCAUCUUACCACAACAGCUGGACGAAAGGUUUGGAGAACACGAAAUUGACAAACCAGCCGGAGAAGGCCAUGGCCAUGAUUCUGGACUUGCUAGACGUUCAUCAACAAGACUUGCCCCCAAGAGUUCCAUUCAUGGAUCUCGCGGAAAAUUUUCAACAACGUAAUUUCGAAGAAGAGGAAUUUGCAAAAUAUUCAUGA